GGAGACGGUGUGGCUCUCGGCGCCGCAGGGGAACCGCAGGCGGAGCGCCAUGGAGCGCAAGAAACAGCUGGAAAUGGAAAGGUGCAUUAAAGUGAUGGAAGAGUUGAUAGUGGAACUGCGUAUCUUUCUGCAGCUUCUUGACCAUGAGUAUUUGACUUCAUCUGCUCGAGAGAAAAAGACUGUCGUUUGCAACAUCCUUCAAAGAAUCAAGUCUACAUCAGAUUGUGAAAGGAAAGACUCCUCCCAGAAGCCUGAUUUACCCUGCAGUUUACCUGCUCCACCUCAGAUCCCUCUCCCUGAGAUCCCUCAUCCGUGGCAGCCACCAGAAAACAGCCCACCUCCACUCCCAACUUCAUCCUUACCUGAAGGCUAUUAUGAGGAAGCGGUGCCCCUGAGUCCAGGAAAAGCUCCCGAGUACAUUACUUCCAGAGAUUAUGAUUCCGAUGCAAUGAGUAGCUCCUAUGAAUCAUAUGAUGAGGAUGAUGAGGAUGGGAAGGGAAAAAAACUAAGACACCAGUGGCCAUCUGAGGAAGCCUCGAUGGAUUUGGUGAAAGAUGCUAAGAUUUGUGCGUUUCUUCUACGCAAGAAACGCUUUGGACAGUGGACAAAACAACUUUGCGUCAUCAAAGACAACAAGCUAUUAUGCUACAAAAGCUCCAAGGACCAUCAACCUCAGAUGGAGCUGUUGCUGACAGGCCACAGCUUCUCUUACGUCCCCAAAGACGGCAAGAAGAAAAAGCAUGAACUGCGCAUCACUCACCAAGGGGCAGAUAUAUUGGUCCUGGCUGUGCAAAGUAAAGAGCAGGCAGAGGAGUGGUUAAAGGUGAUAAAGGAUGUUGUUGUCCUUUUCAAUGUGACUACUGAAACAGAUGGAUCCAUGACUAUAUUUCCUGUGAACAAGGCAGAACUGGAAAAGAAAUUAUCCUUGGAGAAGCCUAUUUUAGAUGGUGAGGGGAUCUUGGAGAAUGGAACGCACAUUGCACCAACAGAUGGUAAAGAGCAGGGAAAAGGGAAGAAAAAUUCAAAGGCAGAACCAAAGGGGGCUGUGAGCAAAGUGACUGGGAAGAAAAUCACAAGGAUUAUUGGCUUGGGGAAAAAGAAGCCAUCUACGGACGAACAGACCUCCUCUGCCGAGGAAGAGAUCCCUACAUGUGGAUACCUGAAUGUGCUGUCUAACAAUCGAUGGCGAGAGCGCUGGUGCAGAGUGAAAGAUAACAAGCUGAUUCUGCACAAGGACAGGACUGAUCUGAAAACACACUUGGCAUCUUUCCCUCUACGUGGAUGUGAACUCAUUCCAGGCCUGGAUUCCAAACACCCCCUGGCUUUCCGACUUGUCAGGAAUGGACAGGAGGUCGCAGUUCUAGAGAGCUCAUCAGCGGAGGAGAUGGGCCGGUGGCUUGGGGUUUUACUGGCUGAAAGUGGCACCUCCACAGCCCCCGAAGCCCUGCACUAUGAUUACAUUGAUGUAGAAACCACUUCAAGUGUUAUACAGACAGCCAAGCAAUGCUUCAACUUGUUAAACAGGCGGCCGAUAUCUCCAAAUAGAUAUGGUGGCAACCUAGCUAAUGGGUAUGCGUGCCCUCGUGGAGUGUCCCUUCAUUAUGAUGAUGUACCUUGUCUGAAUGGAACGGUAAGAAGUCGGAAGGUUUUCUCUACUAACGCUAGUCCACCCUGGUACGAGGAGGUUCACAAUGACAGCGCCGACCUGUACGACAUCCCGCCUCCAAAAUUAACUACACGCAACUCACAUCCGCUUGGUGCCCACAAUAAACUCUCCACUGAGAAACUAUCCUCUAACAAUAACAAAACGCUCGUCUCUUCACCUCUGUCUUCCACUCGAUCUAUGUCUAGUAAAACUAACACUUCUGCUGUGGAAAAGGGAGCGCUCAAGCCAGCCUUGCAGACAAAAGGAAGAAAAGUACCAUCAACAGCAACUAGCGGGACAACAAAGCAAAAGGCUGUGAACAGUCAAGUGAAGAAAGCAAUUCCUGGCACAAGUGUUAAACGCACUGCAUCAAAUGCUGAUCAGUAUAAGUAUGGCAAGAAUCGCGUAGAAGCUGAUGCAAAAAGACUGCAGUCGAAAGAAGAAGAGUUGAAGAAACAGAAGGAAAUGUUACGUAUGCGUCUGGCACAGCUGAGAAAGGACAAGAGGGAUGUGAGAGCAGCUAUUGAAGCCUGUACAGGUAAAAAGUCCCAGGUCGCUCUUGAAACUAAGCUGAAGAAGUUGGAGGACGAGUGCAAGGUGAAAGAGACUGAACGUGUGAACCUGGAGUUGGAGCUGAUCGAGGUGAAUGAAAGUCUGAAGAAAGCUCUUGCCGGAGGACCCACUCUGGGACUGACAAUAGAACCGAAGUCUUCAAGGACAUCCAGUCCACAGUCCCCUGUGUUUUUGCACCGGACCUUGGACAACUCUCCAGCCUCCAGCUGUGAUACGAGUGACACUGAGCCAUCAUCACUGCCUGUGAACGCAGCUGCUCUUGCAAGAAGACCACCUUCUGGGGCCUCUUCCCCAGGUCGAGGCCAUGUACGCAGGAAAGCAAAGGAAUGGGAACAGAAAAACGGAACAUAAAAGAGAUUGGCAGUUUCUCGCAGUUACUUCCUGAAACUCCAUGUACAGGAAGAGAAGCACUGCUACUGAGUCAUUCACUAUGAAAUACUACAUGAAAUACAUGCCCUUCCGGAUACCUGGGAGAGGCCGCAGGUAUUCCAUGCCAAGAUUUGUGGUCAUAGAUCAAAACCAAGGGCUCGUUUUUAAACAAAACCUUGUUUUUAAAUAUUUU